CAAAAUAAUAUGAUUCCCCGACCCUAUUAGGCACCACUAUAAAUUUAUUUACGAUUCAUUUUUUCUCCGCCACAAUCCCCACCGCUACCGCCACCUGUACAGAUUCCGUCAUAUUUAAUGCCGCCGCGUUGGCAUUAGACUCUGCCUUUUUCAUCUCUCUCUGUCUUGUUCAUUGCUUUGUAAUUAUUACCAGUUACUGUAUAACAGGUAGCAAAAGAAGAAGAAAAAUUAUUGCAGUUUGCAUAGGUGAAAGUUGUAGUUAAUUUCGAAGUACUUGGUUGGAGAUUCAGGGAUUUUGGAGGUUUUAAAUUGGGACGUUUUUGUAAAAAGAUAUGUUAAUUUGAUGGAAAUACCACGAAUAUGACAUUCAAAUGAUUUUGAGUUCUGUGUAAUUUGCGGUAUCAAGGAUGAAAGGAGCCUUCUAUGGGCUGAAGCUUACACAGGUCUCUCUCAUCCUCAUCAGUUUUGUUUGUGCAACGGUGCUUAUACUGGCAUGGACGAAAACUACAUUCCUCACUUCUUUAAUCCCAUCUCAGAGUAGUAUUAUGCGGUUGAACCCAGAAAUCCCUCCUUAUCUUAUGGAUGGAGCAGUUUCAGAAAAGGUUUUAGAAGGAAAAAACAGUUCAAAAGAAGCGGAAAGGGACAAAGUCGCAGCAGUAGGUUUGUCAAGCAAUGAGUCUACUAUUAAGGGAGAACACAGUAAAGUUUUGGUGACAGGUGAUGGCGCUGAAAUCCCUCCGGAUAUUACAAGUGAAAUUUCAGAAAAAGCUUUUGGAGGAAAAAAAAUUUCAAACGAAUCUGACAGGGACAAAGAAGAACCAGUAAUAUUGUCAAGAACAGAGUCUACUAUUAAGGAAGAACCCGGUAGAAAUUUGGCAACGCCCAACAAAAAGAAAGAAAUUCCUCCAAGUAUGAUAGGAUCCGAAUCAGACAAGUUGUCAGAAGCAAAAAAUAAUUCAAAACCAGCAGAAAAGGGUGUAGUUGCAACGAGAAGUUCAGAGCAAAGUAAAAGUUCGUCAACUUGGACUGAAGAGAAAGGGUGUAAUUAUGCCAAAGGUAAAUGGGUCAUAGAUGAUAGUCGACCCCUAUAUUCUGGCCUUGGUUGUAAGCAAUGGUUGUCUUCAAUGUGGGCUUGCCGCCUGACACAACGUACAGAUUUUGAAUACGAGAAACUACGUUGGCAACCCAAAGAAUGUAGAAUGGAAGAAUUCAUGGGAUCUAAGUUCCUGAAGAGGAUGCAGGACAAAACUCUGGCAUUUAUUGGCGAUUCAUUGGGCAGACAGCAGUUCCAGUCACUGAUGUGUAUGGUAACAGGCGGUAAAGAGAGACAUGAUGUUCUUGACGUGGGAAAGGAGUAUGGCCUUGUCAAAUCUCGAGGUUCUGUAAGGCCUGAUGGAUGGGCUUAUCGAUUCCCAAGUUCCAACACUACCAUCCUUUACUACUGGUCUGCAAGUCUCUGUGACUUGGAGCCCAUCGACCCCUCUAAUCCUGCCACUAAUUUCGCUAUGCACUUGGAUCGUCCUCCAGCAUUUUUACACCGUUUCCUUCACAAAUUUGAUGUUCUUGUUCUGAACACGGGACACCACUGGAAUAGAGGGAAACUUAAUGCCAACCGGUGGGUCAUGUACGUUGGGGGUUUGCCUAAUACCAAUAGGAAGAUUGCAAGUAUUGCGGGUGCAAAAAAUUUUACAGUUUACAGUAUUGUAAGAUGGGUGAACUCACAGCUUCCAAAAUAUCCAGGUCUGAAAGCGUUUUUCAGGUCAAUAUCACCAAGGCAUUUCUUCCAUGGAGAUUGGAACACGGGAGGUACUUGUGACAAUACUACCCCUCUAUCUGGUGGGAAGGAAGUUUUACAAGACGAGUCUACCGAUCAUCUUGCUUCAGGGGCAGUGAAUGGAACGGGUGUUAAGCUGUUGGACGUAACAGCGUUAUCUGAGCUUAGGGACGAGGGUCACAUAUCUCGUUACAGCAUUAAAGCCACACCUGGAGUGCAGGAUUGCUUGCAUUGGUGUUUACCAGGUUUACCUGAUACCUGGAAUGAGAUUCUGUUCGCCCAACUAUAGUUAAGCAAAGCUAACGACUGAUAUGAAACAUUUCCGACCCCGUUCAAUGAAAUAUUCAGGUGAUAGAUUACGUGAUAGAAAUUGCGUUCCAAACUCAAAAAUACUUCAUAGAAUAAAAUUUUUGAUACUAAAACAUAGGCUAUUUUUCUCCAGUUAGGUGAUUAGAAAUGAGAAAAGGGGGAAACUAGUGGAAGGUCCCUAAAUUAUAGUCUGUAUCUCAUUCACGUUCUAUUUUAUGACUUCUGUACUUGAUGAAUAUGCAAAUUAAAACAACAUUUUAACAUUUGUGUUA